GCCGUGGGCACUUCCGGUGUGUUCGCGGAAAACGGAACAGUAACUACUUCCGCGUUUAGCUCCCUCUGCUGAAACUGAGAAAUGACGGCCACUCUGCGUCCGUAUCUCAACGCGGUGCGUGCCACGCUGCAGGCCGCUCUUUGCCUGGAGAACUUCUCCUCUCAGGUGGUGGAAAGGCACAACAAACCGGAGGUGGAAGUCAGGAGCAGCAAAGAGUUGCUCCUCCAUCCUGUAAUCAUUAGUCGCAACGACAAGGAGAAGGUUCUGAUCGAGGGCUCCAUCAACUCUGUCAGAGUGAGCAUCGCCGUGAAGCAGGCAGAUGAGAUUGAGAAGAUCCUGUGCCAUAAAUUCAUGCGCUUCAUGAUGAUGAGGGCGGAAAACUUCUUCAUCCUGAGGAGGAAACCAGUCGAGGGAUACGACAUUUCUUUUCUCAUCACCAACUUCCACACUGAGCAGAUGUACAAGCACAAACUAGUGGACUUUAUUAUUCAUUUUAUGGAAGAAAUCGACAAGGAAAUCAGUGAAAUGAAGCUGUCCGUCAACGCCAGGGCUCGCAUCGUCGCAGAGGAGUUCCUCAAAAACUUCUGAAAGCGAGAGAAGACCUCAGAACACAUUCCUUUUGCAAUACUGGCCGUCACUGUGGAGCCGACUCACGGCAGGGCAGACCUUCGCUGGCGUUAUCCGCCAAGAGGGGAAAAGAAGAUAAAGAAGUGCAGUGAGGCUGUGAGGGCCAAUGGGACUCUUCCCUUUAACCUGAAACUUGUCCUGUGCUCAAAUUAUUGACGUUUGUGUAUAAUAUUCCCAACCAUACCUUCAUCUCUUGCUGUAAAAGGUCAACACAGCCUCUCUAGUAUUGAGCACAGGAUGAAACAGAUGUUUUUUUUAAAAAAGAUAAUUUAAAUGUUUUUAAGUAUAUUUACAAAUAUAUAUUAUAUGCACAUAAAUUUCAUUUUGUUUUGUUACCACAAACAUUGAAUCAUGAGGGCAAUCAGUUAAUGUUUUAUUUCACAUGCAAACAGAUGAAACAAAUUUACACAUCUGGCAAUUAAUAAAAAUAAAAAAUAAAGUAGUCUUUGUAUUUUA